GGUACAAAGGUAACCACUCUUAAUUUUGGUUACUUGGAGUCUUGACAUGGGUGCACUUUGAUCUCGAGUUUUAUUGUUAUUAGUUUAUGUACACUGCUUCGUGGUUGUGUGAUUAAUUAAAAGUGCAAAAAUUAGUAAAGUUUGAGAUCAUACGGAAAUUUCCACUGAUUAACUGAUUAGGUGUUAGAUAAUCGAUCGUGUUCAUGUACUUUUAUCAGAUCUAACACUAAUUAUAUCGAUAUAGUGAGACAGGAAAACUUGAGGUGCACGUACGCAAAGAGCAGGCACAAAAAAUGAGACGUGUUUGGACUGUUGGGUUGGCUCUGGUCACGCUCGCCGUUGUUACAUCUACGUUUGCAAUUUCUACAGGGAAAAACGUUACAAAAUUAGAAAAUGCAGAGUUGCCCAGACCCACGCCUUCUGCAUCCCCCGCAACAACUACGGCUGAUCCAGAAUUCUCCUCGAGGCGAGGAACCGCAGCUACGAGCAAAAAAGAAAAUCUAGAAGACGGGUUUAAUCCAUCUCCUACGAUCAAGAAGAAGCUUAGCACAAAAAAUAGUAAAAAUAAUUCGUCAGCUGCUGCUGCAUCAACCAAAUCAUCUCACGUAACUUAUCCCGAGGAUACUUCGGCGAGAAAAUCUCCAUCGCAAGAGGAAACUGGUGGUGGUGACAGGGAGCAAGGUGACGAUCCCGUCGUUUUGGAACUUCUGGACGAGAAAGAGAGGAGGGAGGCGUCGGGUGAGGUUGGAGAUUCUGAGGGGGAAGGGAGGGGAAAAUAUCCACGAAUUUAUUACGGCGACGCUCUCCCACCCACCCAUUACACUUCUGCUGCCGACGAAGAUGAGGGUGCCCAUCUUAGGAAGCAUCAGCAGGAACUUCCGCCUGGGGACCACAGUCCAAAAUAUUUUUACCCCAAAAGCUACGUCCAGAACAAGCGUGCUCACAAAGGAGGCGUCAAGAAUAAGAAAAAGUUUGAGUACAAGUAUGAACAGGACACGAGGCACUUGGAGGAAAGGCCGUCUUACACUCAUGGCGAGGCUGACCAUACCGCUCAACAAACUCCAGAUUUACACUAUCACGGACCCGAUCACAAGGAGAACGCUGACGGAUUUGAGGAAGGUGGUGCACAAGAAGACUAUGGUUUUGGACGGGGACAUUAUGGAGGAGGAGGAGGUCCGUUCCAUAGACGCGACGCUGCUGAGAUCAUAAGCAAAGCACUCCAUGUUUUAAUCCCAUCGGCAUUAUUACUCACUGGAUUGUCUGCAGUCUUCCCGACUAGAAUUCAUGUCCCAACCAAUGAUUAUGGUUAUUACAACAACCAGAACAAUAACAAUAUUCGUGGCAAGCGAUCCAUCGAGGACCACACUGGGCGUCAAAUAAACGAAAUUCUUCAACCCGAACACCGUUCUUUGGACGACGAAGCUUAUCCGGCCUACCGGAGUUACAACUUUGAAAUUGGUGCUCCUCGAGAAAGAUUCGUGGGUCAGGCACAUCCACAACACCUGGUUAACGAAUUUUCUGCAAUGCCUACCUUUGACCAGGAUUCGACGUACAAGAGGGCUGCCAACCAGGAUGAAGGACAUGGGCACAAAACAUCUGGAUUUAUUAGUAACGACAUGAAUCAAGGCCCACAAAGUCCUGUUGAGUAUGAUUUGUACCAUCACCACGGCCAUCGAAUGAGGUCUUAUCAGAAUUUUGCGAGCCCUGAUUCCGUAUUGGCUCCGUCGUCAAUUGCAACUCCAACAGUUGUAGCAGCUCCAGAGAGUUUGAACUCCAUAGAUUAUUCAUUUCCACAAAAACCAAAACGGAAAAUGCGAACUAGAACAAGGGUGAAAGUCAGACCAGGAAACAAGAGAAAGUCCAGACCACUCCCAACUGAACCAGCAUUGCCUUCACUCGCAUCAAUUCCUGACAUUAAUAAAUUCCAAUCCCAUUUAAUCCGGUCUGAACAAUCUCCCAGCGGCGUCGGGCACAUUGGAAGAAGUAGAAGUGCUUUUAUUAGGAAACACGAGAACAUCGUUCAAGACUCUAAAGAUAAAGCACACGCACCACCUGCACUUGCUUUGGCUCGAAACCUCCGACUUGGUGACGAGUACGUGAAGAGCAUGGUCGAAAAUCACGAAACAGCAAAGGCAUCAGCUAAGCAAGUGGAUUUGUCCCCCGAUGGUGCCGUCAUGGGUUUGAUAACCAGUUAUGCUCAACACGACAAAGAUAGUCCGGCUUGUCAGAAGAGAGCUUUAUGCGAGUUGGCCAUAAAAGGCAAAAGCCCCACUGCCACCAAGUUCGAGACAUUCCUGUAUUCGCUAGCUUCACUAGUUCCAGAACAGUUCAGUAGGUUGUAUGAAUUGGAUGAUAUUUUCCAAGCUGUUCAGAAGGGAAGUUGUGAUGUUUUCCACUGUUCUAGCCCAAAUUUAGAUCUCCAAGUGUAAGAUUAGCUGGUGUAUUGUUCAAAAUUGUUAUUCAAGAGUGAUUCUAAAUUUGUCUUGUAUUAUUAACCAUAUGAAUAAUUUGUUAAUAUUGUCUUUUACUUUUGUCCUUUUAAACAUAUACAUAAAAUGGAGAUUUCCCACUUAUUGUCCUAAAUAUGAUAGUACAUGUGUAUACUCAUUACUCCUGAUUAAACCAGUAGUCAUUCGUACAAACUAAUCAAAAAGGCAAUCCUGAUUGAGCUCAAUAAAACACAAUUUUGUGCAAAGACUA